AUGCCCUGCAAGUGGAACCCCAGCGAAGAUUUAAGCCCAACGGACCUGCUGGGGGGUGAAUGCAGCAUACAGGAGCUGGCCGCGCAAGUCCAUGCGCUCAAAGGACUCGUUCAGGCUCAGCAAGACAUACUCUACUCCCAAAAAGCUCAAAUAGAUCAGCUUGUGGAAACCCUCCAAGAGGAGCGCCUGCGCGCAGCGCAGAAUGCCAUCGCAAUGCCGGAGAUGCCGCAGCAGCAGCAGCGCCCGCUGCUGCAGCAGCAACCACAGCUACGGCCCUUCGACUUGCAGCGCAUCGCGUACGGCGACCGGCGCCUGAUGGGGCUGUACGACGCCCGCUUCCACUCCACCCACACCGGCGCCAUCCCCUCGGAUCUGCGAAUCCUGCCGGACCGCAUCAUCCUUGUACGGCAUGCUGAGUCUGAGGGCAAUGUGGACAACAAGGCGUACACGUACAUCCCGGACAGCCAGGUGCCCCUGACUGCCCGGGGCCACAUGCAAGCUCGCGAGGCGGGUAAGCAAAUCAAGGGGCUCAUGGAGGCGGAUCCGGAGAGAGCCCGGGACUACAAACUGUACUUCUACAUAUCGCCGUACAAACGGUCGUUGCAGACGUACGAAGGAAUCAGUUCCCAGUUUCCUACCCACCAUCUUCUGGGGGUACAGGAGGAGGUGCAGCUAAGGGAGCAGCAGCAGGACUUCGGUAACUUCCAGGACGAGCAGGGCAAGCAACAUGAGAAGGCGGAGAGACUUCGGUUCGGCCGGUUCUUCUACCGUUUCCCCAACGGUGAGAGCGGCGCGGACGUGUACGACCGCAUCACCAUAUUCGAGGACCACAUGGUUCGCGACAUCAACGCGGGUCGGUUCGCCGACAACACGGCUCUGGUGCUGGUGAGCCACGGCCUGGCACUGAGGAUCUUCCUGAUGCGCUGGUUCCACUGGACGGUGGACGAGUUCCUGCUGGUGUACAACCCUGGUAAUGCCGAGCCUCUGGUUCUGGAGCGCUGUCCCUCCACGGAGUACUCCUCCUGGCGACACACCAAGUCGCUGUACCGCCUCACUGACGAGUCGAUGAGGGCCUUGCGGGGGUGUACGGCAGAGAUGUGCUCCACGGACCAUCUGCCGCGGAAGUCGCUCAAGGUGUCCACACGGCUGAUGUGA